AUGUUGCAAUUGGAGCUUUUGAAAAGAGCUGGCAACGAAGCCAUCGACGUGAAUCCUGCCAUCGGCGUGGACAUCAAACUAACCGAGAACGGAUCGGACUGGCUAUGGGCAGUUUUUUCCGUUUUCGCGCUUAGCGCCUUGAUCUACGCUGUUUUGUUCGUGUACUACGAACAGAGAGGCGUCAAUCUUCACCGUUUUGCAAUUGCCGCACCGCUCAGUAUCUCGUUGGUCAUGGCUUUUUCGUACUUCACCAUGGCUUCUAACUUAGGUUGGACCGGUAUCCAGGCAGAGUUCAAUCACCAAAAAGUCGCAAAUCAGUCGGAAACUCCUGGUGUCAGACAGAUUUUCUACGCCAAAUAUGUUGCCUGGUUUUUGACGUGGCCCAUUUUGCUAUACCUCACGGAGCUUACCGGCGUUGUGACAGUUGAGUUCGAGGCAUUGGCUGAGCGUUCAUCAUUCUUUGAAUUGAUUCACGGCCUAGUGCUACAAAUCACUGGUAGCUGGUUCUUUAUCAUCGGUCUCUUGGUUGGAUCUUUGAUUUCUUCAACCUAUAAAUGGGGAUACUGGACGCUAGCUGUCUUUGCUCAAUUUUUGGUCACUUUCAUCGUGUUCAGACACCAGAUUCGCGACUUGAUUGCUACAGGCAUCAAAUUGGUGAUCUUAAUUUUCACCUAUUUCUGUAUCUGGCUCUACUUUGUCGCAUGGGGUCUCAGCGACGGCGGUAACGUUAUUACUGUUGACUCAGGCCACGUGUUCUUCGGGAUUCUUGACCUUUUGGUGUUCCUUGUGGUACCAGCUUUGUUGUUAUCAGCGGCUGUUUCUUUGGGCGUGGUACCUUCCUUUGCUAUUAGACGCUCUGGCCGCCACCAUGACCUGGAAAAGCAGGUCGAACCGGUGAGACUUGGAAACGCCCCCGUGGCUAACCACAACGAUACCACCCAGGUUGUUGCCGUUGACGACACAGCGGCUCGUGACCCUAUUGUGGCAUAA